CACAACUAUUAAUCUCUCAGUUCCUCUUUCUCACAGCUGAAAAAUGACAGGAGUUCCCUCGUACAUGAUCCAGAACCCUAAAUUCGAACCUUACAAGCCCCAAAAAAGAUAUUAUUAUUCUUCUUCGUUGCUCUCCAUCCUCUUAUCCAUCUUCACUUACGUUUUGAUCUUUUACGUUUUCGAAGUAUCUCCUUCGUCAAUCUUCAAAGACACAAAGGUUUUGUUCUUCAUCUCCAACACUCUCAUCCUCAUCAUCGCUGCAGAUUAUGGCGCUUUCACUGGUAAGGAGAGGCCGGACUUCUACGGUGAAUAUACCGUGGCUGCUGCAGCGAUGAGAGGCCGUGCAGAUCAUAACUAUUCUCCAGUUCCUGACUUCACAUAUAGAGAAAACUCUAAACAGGAAAACUCUGGCCAUGCUAAAAUCAAAAUCACUAAAGAUGUCGUGGAAUACAAGCAAGAAGAGCCGAUGUUAAAAGGGAUAGUCAGUGUUUCUUCACCUCCUGAGAAAAUAAUACGGGAGGUGAGUGAGGAGAAGCCGAGAGACGAUGUGGCUAUCAAGAAAGACAAACCAGUUUGUGAGCAAACAGUUGCUAAUAAAGAAUCUUGCAAGACAAGAAACCAUGUGUACCGUAGAUCUUACGAACGAACUAAAUCAGAUAAACCGCAACGGGUGAAGACAGCCAAACGUAGAAGCUAUCGUCGAAGCGAAUCGGAUAGCUCGAAAUGGAUGGUUGUUCCGGAGAAAUGGGAGAACGUUGAAGACGAAUCUGAAGAGUUCUCAAAGAUGUCGAACGAGGAGUUGAACAAGAGAGUCGAAGAGUUCAUACAAAGGUUCAAUAAACAGAUCAGAUUACAGUCACGGGUUUCUUCUACAUGAUCUGAAUUGCUCAUAGUAUAUAAAGUUAGUAAAGAAUUCUUAUUUUCUUUU